CGGGGCUGGCGCCCCAGCUGCUGAGGUGGCUGUCGCCGGCUCUGAGCUGCGGCUCCCGAGAUCGAGCCCCCGAUGGAGGCCGAGGCCACUGACGCCCCUCCGGGAGGAGUCGAGGUGGCGCUCUGCUGCUUCUCUUUCAACCAAGACUGCACAUCCCUAGCAAUUGGAACCAAAGCUGGUUACAAGCUGUUUUCUUUGAGUUCUGUGGAGCAACUGGACCAAGUCCAUGGGAAUAACGAAAUCCCCGAUGUCUACAUCGUGGAGCGCCUCUUCUCCAGCAGCCUGGUGGUGGUGGUCAGCCACACAAAACCACGGCAGAUGAACGUGUAUCACUUCAAGAAAGGCACAGAGAUCUGCAACUACAGCUACUCCAGCAACAUCUUGUCCAUAAAGCUGAACCGGCAGAGGUUGCUGGUUUGCCUGGAAGAGUCCAUCUAUAUCCACAACAUUAAGGACAUGAAGCUGUUGAAGACCCUCCUGGAUAUUCCUGCAAACCCAACAGGUCUGUGUGCCCUCUCUAUCAACCAUUCCAAUUCUUACCUGGCCUAUCCUGGAAGCCUGACCUCAGGCGAGAUUGUGCUUUAUGAUGGAAACUCCCUGAAAACAGUCUGCACCAUUGCUGCCCACGAGGGGACACUGGCUGCCAUCACCUUCAACUCUUCAGGCUCCAAACUAGCAAGUGCAUCCGAGAAAGGCACAGUCAUCCGGGUGUUCUCAGUACCUGAUGGGCAAAGGCUCUAUGAGUUUCGCAGAGGAAUGAAAAGGUACGUGACAAUCAGCUCCCUGGUUUUCAGUAUGGACUCACAGUUCCUGUGUGCCUCCAGCAACACCGAGACCGUGCACAUCUUCAAGCUGGAAAACCUCAUCAGCAGUCGCACAGAAGAGCCUUCCACCUGGAGUGGCUACGUGGGAAAGGUGUUCAUGGCCGCCACCAACUACCUCCCCGCCCAGGUGUCGGACAUGAUGAACCAGGACAGGGCUUUUGCCACUGGACGCUUGAACUUCUCCGGGCAGAAGAACAUCUGCACCCUCUCCACGAUCCAGAAAUUGCCAAGGCUGCUAGUCGCAUCCUCCAAUGGAUACCUUUACAUCUACAAUUUGGAUCCUCAGGAUGGAGGAGAGUGCGUCCUAAUCAAGACCCACAGCUUGCUUGGCUCAGCAACAACCAAAGAGAACAAAGAAAAUGACCUCAGACCUUCCUUACCUCAGUCUUACGCAGCGACCGUAGCCAGACCAAGCACAUCUGCAGCCUCCACUGUGCCAGAUAAUCUUGUGCCGUGGAAGUCAGAAGGGCAAAACGAAGCAGUCCUGACAAGAAGCGCACCUCAGAAAGCAGGACACCCCCUGUCAGGUGGUUUUGGAGAACACAAAGAAGGCGGAAGAAUGGAGUGCGACUGUUUGAACAGAAAAGGGGGGCAGGAAUACUGGGUGCUGCGCUUCCUCAGCCACGGGACAUGGCUGACUCCUCACCGAGACCCUGGCCCUGGCUGCCCUGGGCAUUAGGGACACUGUAUCUACAUCAUGCUAUUUAAAUUACCUUCAAACUACAAUGUAAAUGCUAACUAGCCAUAUUGGUAUAUAGCCAGAAUUUUAUAUUAAAAAGGGCAUCCUUUUUAAAGGUAUGCUGUGUAAAAAAAAAAUGUACUUAUAGAAAAAACUCUUUGAAUUGUAUUUCUUGUAUAUUACAUUCAUAUAGAGACAUUAUUUUAACCAGGCAAAGUAUUUUUGCAGUGACUGAAAUAAAUCAUUUAUUACCUUUGAGUCCCAUUUAGGACACUAAUAAAAUAUGGCAAUGCA